AUGCAACAGUUGGAAAGGGAGAGUGAAGGUGGUGGUUGGCAGCUAAACUAUUUGCGCACUGCUGAUGACAUCGUUCAAAUAACAUCUAGCAUCAGUCAAGCGGAACGAAUGCUGACCGAAUUUGACGAAACAUGUGGAUGCAUCGGUCUUCAUCUGCAAAAGACGAUAUUCAUCCGUAACGGAUGGGUCUCGGAUGCCCCAUACACGCUCAACGGAACGAACAUAUCCAAGUGCACCAGCUACGUUUAUCUGGGUCGGAAACUGAACAUGAUGAAUGACCUGAACCCCGAGCUGGGCAGGAGGAGACGAGCGGCUUGGGGAGCGUACAAGAGCAUCGAGGAUGUAGUGAAGAAUACCAAGAACACCCGGGUUCGUGCUCACCUUUUUAACACCACCGUACUUCCUGCUUUGACCUAUGCUUCGGAAACCUGGGCAUUUCGCAAGAAGGAAGAAAACGCGGUGAGCGUCACUGAAUGCGCAAUUGAGAGAGUGAUGCUAGGAGUAUCCCACCUCACGCAAGUGAAUGACGGGAUUCGAAGCUGUCUCCUACGUCAGGGAUCGAAGAAUAGAGACACCUCCGCGUUUGCCAAGGAAAGAAGAAUAAGUUGGGCCUCACACGUGAUGCGCUUUAACGACAAUCGUUGGACCAGAGCGGUGAGCGACUAG